GGUAUUUAAACUUAGCUAACUAACGGUUGUUAAAACGAAAGUACAUUACUAAGCCAGUACAUCAACGGGUUUCCAAUGUGAACAAGGUUUCAAUAGUUCUUACACUGCUACACCACUGAGGACUGGUCAGAUUGGGCAGAUAGUGGCAUUUGUGACACAGGAUAAAUCAAGACUUCGUGGAGAUGAGAGGAAACCCAAGAACUCUUGGCAGUAAAUGACGUUUGGAUUAAACGUUCUGAAGACAUCUGAAGAAUUUAUAUAAAAGCAUGAGUGCCCCAAGAAGAAAUCAAAAACAGCCAUUGACCAUCCAAAACAAAGGAGGAAAUCGGCAAAGCGGUGCAGGAGGCGGUACGCACAUACCAGUACCGAGUUCAAGUAAAAAAAACCCUGGAAAAAAUGAUUUGCCUCAAAAAACGGGUGCAAAAACCGCAAGUCCAUCACCAGUCCAAACGGGCAGUUCAAGUAAAACAAAAGCUGGAAGAAAUGACUUCCCUCAAAAAACGGGUGCAAAAACAGCAAGUCCAUCACCAGCCCAAACGGGCAGACCAUUACCGAUUCCUCCUCAGGAGAAGAAAAAGAAGAUUCUUCAAGUCGUCAACGACACCUUUGCUUCAAACAACGAUUCUGAUCAAGAAUUAGAGGCAGCAGAAAACCAAACAGAAGACAUAUUAAGAGAACUACAAACACUGGCGCAGGAGUUAAAUAUUACAGACAGUAGUCCUCAAGAAAUAAUCGAAGCAGCGUGCAGGGAAAUACGAAACUCAAAAGAAACGAACACUAAAGACUACAAUAAAGGAAAAGCAAAGGAAUCUGAGAAACUCAAAACAGCUACGAUACAGGAUCAUCACAGUUGUAAGGAGGAAUUGACGGUCAUAAAGACGGCUGUGAUGAAUUCAAAUAAAAGUAAGGAUUUCAAACCGACACAAUCAAAAGAGGAGGUUGUGGAAAGAAUUAAUACUUUACACAGUAGUCUGGAAGAAUUAACGGUCAUAAAGACAGCAGUGAUGAACCCAAACAAAAGUAAAAACAUCAAACCAACACAAUCAGCAAAUGAAGUGAUUGACAGAAUUCAUAUUUUACACGGGAUUGAACAAGAAUGUUUAGGGCUUAAAGAAAUUGUAUUCAACAAAGAAAUACUGAAGCUUGCUUCUUUUGAUAAACCGGACGAGAAAGAACGCACUCUGGAAAAUGCAAACAAAAUUGCCGAAGAGCUGACUAGUUUGUGCAAGAAGAUGAAGACUGAUCAGAAGAAGAUAUUUGAGGAAGUUUUGGGUAAAAGUGAGCAACCCACUAUGGAAGAAGUGCUGAAAGCUGUACAGUCUUUGAAAAAGACUGCUAAUGAGAGCAAGACUGAAAUUCAACAGCAGAAGACGACACUUGAAAAAAUGGAAAAAGAAAUUACCGAGCUUAAGGGACAACUUAAAGAUGCAGAGAAUAAACAUCAAAUGUUGCUCAAAAGAAGUCAGGAAAGGGAACAGAAGUUGACUGAUGAGAUAAACGAGGUUAAAAGUCAGAAAGAGAAGGCGCUGACAAGAUUGAGUGAAGUAGCAGGCGCUAAACUAACGGAGUCCAAUCCAUACAUAACUGACCUGAGUGAUCCGAACAGACCAGAAAAAAUCGGGGAACAGUUCAGCGAGCUGUACGACAACUUGUGGACAGACGUCUUUGAAAAAUUGUCUGGUACAUGUAAACUGUCGGAAAGAGACUCAAUACAAACGCUGCUACAAAUUCUAGAGGAUUCGUAUGGCUAUUGCAAGGACAUUUCCAGCAAGAGAUAUUCAAAUACACUAGCAGAGUUGACGCUUUGGAAAUUUGUUGAGCCCAACGAAACUCCUUCGCAAGUACAUGAACCAAAGAAAGAAAUGAAAAAUACCCAAAAGAAAAAGAAAGGCGCUGACACCAAGGAAACAACAGUUAAUAUAACUCUUGAUGAACUUCAGAAGUUACAAACUUUGUUGGUCUCCCCCAGUUCUAGUUCUCCAGCGGACAGUAAAGCAGUCGAUUCGAUUCUCGCGAAGAUUGGGUUGAAUGUGACCAACUUGAGCAACAUCAAAAAAAUGCUAAAAUCAUCACUGGAGGGAACAAGUGUCAUCGUACAAGAGAGUUUUUGGAAACAAAGAAGCGAAGAUCCAAAUGGACAAAAGGAAGUUUUGAAGUGUACAAAGCCUUUUUUGAUGAAGUGCGUUCAUAUUUGUUGGUUAAUGGUGGGUCAAGAUCCGCCUGUGUAUUUGAGAUUCUCGGACAAAUGUAAGGAUAAAUUUAAUAAAGACAUUUAUCGGGAGUACACGACCAAUGGGGAGGUGCUGGACUUCGUGGUUUGGCCUGCAAUCUUUCUUCACGAGAAUGGACCCCUUCUCAAAAAGGGCGUUGCGCAACCGAUUUCAAAGAAAUAACGUUUCGUGUUAAUAACUGCUUGAGUCCGAUACAAUUCCGACGGUUUUUAUAUCAUUGUUUAACGGGUCAAUAACUUAGUCUUACAGUGACCUAUUAUUUUCCACCAUUAAGCAAGACAUGAUUAACAUUUUAAAAAAUCGAUUUACAUGUUUUAACAUGUUUAUGUUACAGUAAAAGAACUGGUUAUUACUACCAAAUGCAUUUUUUAGUUACAUUAAUCUUGUAAAUGGAGAAGGCACCGUUGUGCAAUGCAAAGUCAGACACUAAGUACAUGCGCUGAUCCACAUAUUUUUGGGGGGAAUGGGAGUUCCGAGGCCUAGUGUGAUAAGUUUUCCCAGUGAAAAUAAUGUUUGGAAUUUCCAGGGGGGAUCCAAAUUUCACCGUCCCAUUGGAUCCGUGCAUGAAGUAGUUCUUUCUUGUAAAUAUCAGUAAUAUUUACUUUGACAUUGUUUAAUGUCUAAAUUUAAUCUGGUUUUACAUGCAUUUGAAUUUUAAUUUUUUCUGGAUACUACCAUUUGAUUUUACCAAAGAUGCACUGUUAUAAUUAUUAAUCCAGUUAUUUUAAAAACGCAUUGAAUUUCAAAUAAAUUUUCUUAAUUUAUGUCAAUAUUUGUUGUUUUUUUUCAAACACUUUUCUAGAAUUCAUUGUAAAAUGUUUGUAAAGUUAAAUUCAUUUUCAAAUCUAAGGUACUUAGGGUGCUCAACCUAUUAAAAUGUUUUCUCCGAGAA